GAUAUUGUGGAGGUUUGGUCUGAUCAUCUCUGUGAUACAGAUCAGUUGAAACAUGAUCCUGCUUCUAUAGUUCCCUCUAAACUUUCUGUUGACAUUUUAAGAUGUAUUGCUGCUAUUUACUGCAAUCUUGCAAAUAUACCAAAGCCCCAGAAAGACAAAAUGGCCUUGCAUGCUCCUUCAUUGUCCUUUUCAAGCUCAAUUUCUCAACAAAGCUCUGGUGGGAAUUGGAGUCCAAGAUACCAACAUGAAGCUAUUGUAAGUCCCUCAAUUUUGGGACUGCAGAAAUUUCAGGAUGAAUUAUACAGUGAUAUGAUCGAAAUUUCAGUGAUUUGUGUUGAUGGUGAGCGAUUUAGUUAUGCUUCCAAAAUGUUGAGCAUUUUCAGAAUCUUAAUUAAGCAACUCAAGUCAAUUGACCCAACAAAGAUGGCAUAUGAAGACCAGAUUGCUUUCUGGCUAAAUAUUCAUAAUGCCUUAGUUAUGCAUGCUUUUUUGGCUUAUGGUCUGCAUCAGGGUCGCAUGAAAAGUAAAUCAUCAAUUCUCAAGGCAGCGUAUAAUAUCGGCGGGCGUUCAAUAAAUGCUUAUGUUAUUCAAAGUUCAAUCCUUGGUUGUCAACCCCAUUUUAAAGCAUCAUGGUUUGAAGUGCUUCUAAGUCCAACUUUGAAGUUCAUGAAAAGGAAGCAGAAACAUCGAUAUGCUGUUGAUCACCCACAGCCACUCGCUUAUUUUGCAUUGUCCCAAGGAUCGUAUUCCGAUCCUCCUGUGCGAGUUUACACAGCCAAGCAUAUUCAGCAAGAAUUGGAGCUUGCAAGGAAAGAGUUUAUUCAGGCUAAUGUAAAGGUUCAGAAUAAAACCAAGAUCAUUUUUCCUAAGAUACUAUGCUAUUACAUGAAAGACUGUUACUUUCAAAUAUCUAAGCUUCUGAAGAUGGUGAUGGAGUGCAUGCCAGAAACUGUACAAGGUACCAUUCAUGAAGUUCUUAAAGGGAACUCAGAAGACUACAUCCUGUGGUCCAGGUAUGAUUCUUCUUUCAGAUACAUGAUACAUAAAGAACUAGCAAUGCAAUAAGUCCAUUUCUCAUGCUGCCUCUAUCUAAAGAGAUUGUACAGAUGGGACAUAUAUAUUGUCCCAUAUGGAAAAUCAAAUUUGUAGUAAUUCUUAUCACUAUUUUUCUAUUAUUUUACAUGUGAGUAGUGAGAUCUGUACAUGAUGUAAGCAAGGAGUCAUUAACGGCUUUUGAUAAAUAAUGAAAAUAUGUAUAUAA